AUGAUGAUGCUGCAGCAGAAACACAACCAUCAACGCCACCAUCACCAGCAGCAGCAGCAGCAACAGCAGCAGCAGCAGCAGCAACAGCAGCAGAAGCAGCAGCAGCAGCAACAGCAACAACAGCAGCACCAGCAGCAGCACCAGCAACAACAGCAGCAACAGCAGCAGAAACAGCAGCACCAGCAGCAGCACCAGCGGCAGCAGCAGCACCAGCAGCAGCAGCAGCAGCAGAAGAAGAAGAAGAAAAUAUAA